AAAGACAAAGCUAUUUCAAGGGAAAAAACUACAGCCUGUUUGCACUCUUGCUAGGGGUUAGCUAUAUGCAAAAGACGAAUAAAUUUGAAUUUUCUAGCCUUCCCGAAGAAAUUUGAUUUUGUUUGAUUUUUUGUGGGAAUUUGGUCUUAAAUGUUAUUCAGUGAAUUAUCAGUAAGGUAGAAAGAGGUUUUUUUUUUUUUUUCGAGUGGGACGCAAACUGUAUAUAGACUUCUAGCACUGAGAAGCUUCAAUACUGCAAAGGUAAAGGAUAAUUUUUCAGAGUUACACCACAGGAAGUAAUUUCUUUUCUGUGUUUAUUUGCACAGCAAGCCACUCGUGACCUCGCGUAAGCACAUUUCACACUCACGAGGGUUAUUAAACGGAAACGAUAAAUACAACACUAGAGAAAGCUAAAGUUAAUUGUAUGACUCAUGUCAUAUUGAGUUAAAUAAGGAAACCGAUCGACGUGACGCAACUUCCCGGACUUGAGUCUAGUUCCUUGUGCGCUUCAACAACUUCCCAUAUAAGUGCCAGGUAACUCAACGGCUAGAUUCAAGUUAUUGACAACCAGCAACUGAGGGCAAGAUGACUGUUCCUCUGUAUCUGUUCUUUCUACAUUUAGUUGCGCUGCAAACCUCUGCUGACCUCGCUAUAGAGCAUUCCUUUUUUGCUGCUCUGGAUGAAGAUCAAAAUGUGAAUCUCUACUGGAAUGUUAGCACUGAAGAAAAAGAGAUAUAUUUCACGAUAGAAGCUAAAACGACUGGAUGGAUCGGGUUUGGAAUCUCCAGUGGACAAGGCAAGAUGGAAGGAGCUGAUAUUGUAAUAGGCUGGGUGAAAGAUGGCAAAACUUACUUUAAGGUGUCAGUAUUUACUUGCGUGGCGUGUAUGACAAGGAGGGUUGUUGAAUGCUCCCGAACUGAGUUUGAUGAUCUAAGAGCUAAGGUGGCGAACGAGCCGAGACUCAGAAAGUCAUUUGGCGAGAGACGUAACGUUCUAGGCCUUAUCAAUAGACUAGUCUCUUGGCUUUAUAGCCGGGAGCUGUAAAUGUUGUCGGAUCGAC